AUGUUAUACAAUUUAGCCAUGACAGACGACGGUUUCACGGUCCACGUCUUAUUAGUAAAUUAAUUUAUUAAUAAUAUACCUAUAUACUAUUAUAUUGUACCAUGUAAACAUUAGAAGUGUGUUAUUCAAGUCUUUAGUUUUUACUCCAGAUUUUAAAUAAUUAUUUAUUUUCUAUGGAUAGUUCUAAAGUAAAAUGUACGUUGCUUUGUGGCACAUCAACAGCUUACUCGCAGUCUUUAUUAUUUGAAGUAGAGCGCUGUAUACUGGUCUGAAUUUGGAUAUCGAGUGGUUUACAUUCAAAUAUCUCAGAUGAAAUCUCUACCAAUUCCAUUAGAUGGUGCCAAGCCACCUAGUGUACAUGCACUGAAUCGCAUUACAUUCCUAACAUUGUCAAAGUGGGAAGAUCUUGUCAAGUAUACUUGUUCAAUACACGAAACCAGUCCAAAUGUGCCACAUGUAAUUUUAGUAUCAGACUUAAAUAAUUACUAUAGGAAUGAAGAUAGUGAUCAAACUACAAGACUAGCACACAUGCUAUGUGCUUGUUUGUGUGAUGCCAUUUCAUAUUGUAGUAAAGUACAUAAUUCUACAUCAUAUUUAACUGUUUCAACACAAGACACUGCACUUGAAACACAUAAAUUAUCUGCAAUGUAUUUCCCGUCAACCACGUGGAUUAGCAGUGUCGUUAAUGAUCAAGUAGUUUUUUGCAAAAAACAACUGUAUUUACACCAACAGCGUAGCUGUAAAAUAAAGUUUAUCGAAAUGAACAAUAAACUAAGAUGCGAUUCUGUAGAAGUAUUAUACUUGUGAUAUAUUUUAGUUAUUUUUUUUAUUAGUAUUCUUGUUUUUAAAGUGUUUUGUAUCCAAUUUUUAUUUAUAAAUAUGAAUUGAAAUAUAUCGCAUUGAAAUAUUAAAAUAUAUAUUAAAAUAAUUUUGUGUCAA